AUGUCUGCGCCAUCUUUUUCCUCGUUCCCUCCUUCCUUCAGCUCGUUUCCGGAUGUGGGUCCUGGACCAAGCAAACAGCAAGCAGAUCCAAAACCUGACAACUUACAGCUAUCAAAGGAGCAGAAGAGAAAGAAACGCGACGGAAAGCAGGAUGAACAUGACCGUCAAGGCCCUUCUAGUAAGCGUAAACGACAUAUGAAGGGACAGAGCCGUGGCUCGCGUGAGAGCCACAACCUUAGCGAGGAUGGCGAUAUUGUUAGUAUUGAAGGCGGUAUGCCAUCUGGUAGCGAUGGUCUGCUAGAAUCAACAACGUCUAGCUCUCUAUUUUAUUUCACCGAUCGCAAGGGAGAUGCGUUGAACCUGCAAUACGGGGGUUUGCAUUCGGGCAGUGUUCCUCGAUAUUAUUUGGCUGCCCGGGGUAAGAUGAUAUUGGGUUUAAAUCCUUUAUGGAGAGUUAUACACCGUGGACGAAAAGGUGUCGAGAUUGCUGCUGGUGGGAGGCGUAAGAUGCAUGCGCUAACCGAUCCGAGUUCUCGACAUCUACUACAUUCGGCACCUACGCGCAUGUUGCGUGCGUCCAGGGAAGACAAAUAUCAAUACGACGAGGCUGAAGGAUUCUUGCCUUUGGUAUCAAAGAGUGAUCAGGCAACUAGUCAAUUGUAUAGAUCCAUUAUUUCCAUCGAGGGUGAAGACAGCGACUCGGACGCGUCUACAACCUCUCAAGGAGACAGCUCAGAUAAUGACUCGGAUUCUGUUCCUAUGUCUGCCUUACAGGUCACGCUCAAGGAAUUGGAAGAACAGCUUACUGCGGAACCUUCGUCUGUAGCAUCGUGGUUAUCACUCUUAUCUUAUACACUCUCCACCGUCCCCAUCGCCUCCAAAAACGCUAGGAAAGCUCGUUCAGAAAUUUCUCUUUCAGUCCUGUCUCGGGCAAUUUCUGCGCAUCCUAGCAAUCUAUCUUCGAAAUCUCUCCGACUCCGAUAUCUGAAGGCGGGCGAGGAGGUUUGGCAUGAAAAUAAAUUGGAUGCAGAAUGGGAAGAUGCAUUAAAAGUGGGCGGCGUCGAGCUUUGGAUGGAAUGGCUCGAGUGGAAGAUCAAAAAAGGUACAAAAGGUGUUGAGACCAUGGUGGCAGCUGCAAGUCGUGCACUCUUCUCUCUCGGCGAGGACGAGAUCGGGAAGCUGCGUGUGUUAUGGAGGACUGCUGUGGGUCUUUUGAACGCAGGUUACGUGGAACGCGCCGCUGCGCUCUUCCAGGCGCAGGCGGAGUUGACUUACAAGCUACCACCUUUAAUGGAUACACAACCAUUUGACUGUCAGCUUGACUCCCUAGAGGAAUUUUGGGACUCUGAGGUUCCGCGGAUUGGCGAAAUUAAUGCCCAAGGGUGGGAUAAGUGGGUAAUUUCUACCCAUAAGCCGAAUAUCCCACCUCCUCGAACAACAGUACGGCCCCCAAGUCUCAAUGCUGACCCCUUUCGUCGCUGGGAAGCGUUGGAGCGGUGGUCAGAUAGUGUCCAUCGCCUACCUUCUCGCUCCGUUCACGAUUUUGCCGAUAUCGACCCAUAUUCUGUCGUUCUCUUUUCCGACAUACGCCCACUUCUCGUGCGGAUCGCGAGCCCUGAUGCAAAAUGCGCUCUUCGUUUCAUAUGGCUUUCUUUCCUUGGCUUGCACGUUCCAGGCUUUCUUCGGACACUAUCUGCCAACCCGGAUGACAACAUGGAUGACCGUUGGGCAUAUACCCACUUUGCACAAUCCUCGUUCUUGGAAUCCAUCCUACCCUCAGACGGUCUUGUCGCCUCGAAGAGAAUUACGGCUGAUUCUCACACAGGUGUUUUGGUAGGGCGGGAGCGACAAUAUACCAAGUCCUUCGGACCGGUGAAGAAUUGGGGAUUCAAUGUGCUGGGGCCAUUCGAUGCGGUGACAACUCACGGCUGGAGGAUGUGGGACCGCGAGGAUGUGGCUGGCGUAGAUCAGCAGAUCGUGCGGGAAGUAUUCGCACAAUGUCGCUUCCAGGAUGAUCCAGAAUGGGACGUGCUUUCUCUCGCUUUCGAAGCUAGUUGCAGUAUGAAAAGCGCUUUGAAGAUUUCAAAGCAUCUAUUAGCAUCCAGGCAAGACUCGCUUCUUCUCUGGGCUUCUCAUGCGCAGUUAGAACGUCUUCGGGGACGUCUAGACGAUGCGCGGAAGAUCUAUCAGACUGUCUUAUCAGCUUCAUCCAAUUCCGGUUCGCCCGAGGCGAUGCAUAUGUGGUGGGAUUGGGCGGAAAUGGAAUGGCUGGCGGGUGGCUCCGACGUCGCCAUAGAAGUUCUGGUACGCUCUACAGCGGGCCAGGGCACGAGCGGAGUCGCUAUUCUGCGAGCUAAACGCUAUCUGCAGGAGUCGUUGGCAAUAACGUCCCAAGAAACCUGGAAGACGCGGGAGCUUCGUCUCAAAAUAUGGGCUCUGCUCGAACUUCUUACCGCAUCCCCUCACUCAGCCUUGUCCGUCUUCGAUACGCAAAUCAGUAAACUCACACCUCAGACUAUAUCACACGAAAGUAUGACGGCCGCAUCAGUGCUGUUUCUCUACAAUCAUAGUGCCGUCUUACGAAAUCCAAUGCCACCUGCCCUGUUUCGUGAGAGAGCGGAGAGAGCAGUCGACCUUUACCCUAACAACACAGUGCUCCUAGGUCUCUUUUUGGAAGCAGAAAAAGGACGAGGCAUAUGGGGGCGGGUGCGUGCUAUGCUCAGCGAGAAUACGGGAACUCCAUUACUGAAGGAAAAAGACAUUAUGAGGAGAAUGGCCGAAACAUGGGUGACAGGUUGGGGGAUCGGUGGAUGGGAAGCAGAGCAGGAGCGAGCACGGAGUGGUCUUUCCGCUGCUGUUCAGAGCGAACGGACGCGGGGUAGUGCCAUUCUCUGGCGGUUGUACGUGGAAUUUGAGAUCAAGAUGGGUCAGCUCGAACGCGCGAAAAGGUUGUUGUUCCGUGCAUUGGGCGAGUGUCCAUUGGUAAAAGGCAAGCAACUCUAUCUGCUGGCAUUUGGACCGCUGCGCUCUGUAAUCAGUGGCCGAGAGUUGAGGGAAUGGGCGGAGACAAUGGCGGAGCGUGGUAUUCGGAUGCGAAAUGGGCUAGAGGAGAUGCUGGAGGGAUGGUCGGAGGAAAGACGCGACGACGAUCGUGGUUCGGACGCGGAGGACGAAAUCGAGUAUAAUGCGCGAGAGCUGCGGAGGCUGAGACCGUAUUGA